CCCUCGGCUUAAAAAGGGAGUUUUUUAGCAGUGGAUACCAGACGUUUUCAAUGAGGGAAAGAGGAAAAAGACAAGCAAGAGUGUAUUAUCCCCCUUUUCAUUGUGGAUUUUUUUUUAACUUUUUAAAUAAGGACUUUGGAAUUAUUGCUCGUUUUUUUUCUCCCCCAUACAAUUUCAAGGGAUUUUAAAGUUUUGCAAAGUUUCUUUAUUAAAACGAGCAGCAGGUUCGUGCUGCACCAUGAAGGUGACAGGGAUAUUUUUGCUGUUGCUGCUUUGGACCUGUGAGAGUGCAAGAGUCGCAGAGAGUCGAGACGACAAUAGUGUGUUUGAUUUGUUUGAGCUCAUCCGAGUCCCCAGUAAGAACCAUGGGGUCAGCCUGGCGAAAGGAGACGACCCGUACAGCCCCGCCUACAAGAUCAUCGACCCGGACCUCAUCCCCCCGGUCCCCGAGAGCGCCUUCAGGGACCUGAUCGACUCAGUCCACGCCGAGAGGGGCUUCCUACUUCUGCUCAACUUCAAGCAGUUCAAACGCACCAGGGGCAGCAUCCUGACCGUGGAGAAGCGCGACGGCUCCGGAACUGUCUUCGAGAUCGUCUCCAACGGCAAGGCGAACACCCUGGACAUCCUUUACUCCACGGAGAACAAGCAGCAGGUGGUUUCCAUCGAGGAGGUGGAUCUAGCAACGGGUCACUGGAAGAACAUCACGUUGUUCGUCCAGGAGGACCGCGCGCAGCUGUUCGCCGGAUGCGAGGAGGUGAACACUGCCGAGCUGGAUGCGCCCAUCCAGAACAUCCUGACGCACGGCAUCCCGGCCGGCGCGCAGUUGCGGGUCGGCAAGGGGGUGGUGAACGGCAGGUUCAUGGGGGUGCUGCAAAACGUGCGGUUUGUGUUCGGAACAACGCUGGACGCGAUUCUGCGCAACAAAGGAUGCCAGAGCUCUUCUCCAAGUGACACAAUGAUUGUGACCAAUCUGAACGGCUCCUCUGCCAUCAGAACAGAGUACACUGGACACAAGACUAAAGACCUGCAGAUGGUCUGUGGCUUCUCCUGUGAGGAUCUUAUCAGCAUGUUCAAGGAGCUGAAAGGCCUCGGUGUUGUGGUCAAGGAGCUGUCCAAUGAGCUCCACCAGUUGACGAACGAGAACAAGCUCCUCAGAAAACACAUUGACAUCCACGGUGGCGACUGCAUCCACAAUGGCAUUUUACGCAAGAACAAAGACGAGUGGACUGUCGAUGACUGUACCGAGUGUACUUGUCAGAACUCUGCCACCGUGUGCCGCAAGAUCUCCUGCCCUUUGAUUCCCUGUGCCAAUGCCACUGUUCCCGACGGGGAGUGCUGUCCACGUUGUGGAACACCGAGUGACUAUGCUGAGGACGGCUGGUCGCCCUGGUCUGAAUGGACUCAUUGUUCUGUGUCGUGUGGGCGGGGCAUCCAGCAGCGCGGGCGCUCUUGCGACCGUAUCAAUAAUGUCUGCGAGGGCACCUCGGUGCAAACCCGCGACUGCUAUCUCCAGGAGUGUGACAAGCGCUUCAAGCAGGACGGAAACUGGAGUCACUGGUCACCCUGGUCGUCGUGCUCCGUCACCUGCGGCGCUGGUGUCAUCACUCGUAUCCGCCUCUGCAACUCCCCCACCCCCCAGCUGGGAGGCAGGGAUUGUGUGGGAGAGGGCCGACAAACUGAAAAGUGCGAGAAGUCGCCAUGUCCCAUUAAUGGGAACUGGGGACCCUGGUCACCUUGGGGUACGUGCACCCUCACCUGUGGUGGGGGAGUUCAAACUCGUAAGCGUCUUUGCACGGACCCCGCCCCGCAGCAUGGGGGCAAAGAGUGUGUUGGGGAUGCAAUAGACAGACAGAUGUGCAACAAGAAAGCUUGCCCAAUAGAUGGGUGCUUGUCCAGCCCUUGCUUUUCUGGAGCCAAGUGCACUAGUUUCCCAGAUGGUUCCUGGAAGUGCGGAAAAUGCCCAGUUGGAUACACAGGCAAUGGCAUAAAGUGUAAAGACGUUGAUGAGUGCAAGGAGGUUCCAGAUGCUUGCUUUGAGUUCAAUGGUGUGCACCGCUGUGAGAACACAGAGCCAGGCUACAACUGUCUGCCCUGCCCUCCUCGCUACUCAGGACCCCAACCGUUUGGCAAAGGUGUGGAGCAAGCUGCCGCCAACAAACAGGUUUGCACACCCCGUAAUCCUUGCCUCGACGGAAGCCACGACUGCAACAAAUUUGCACGCUGUAACUACCUCGGACACUUUUCCGAACCCAUGUUCCGCUGCGAGUGCAAGCCUGGAUUUGCUGGCAAUGGUCACAUUUGUGGGGAGGACACAGAUUUGGAUGGCUGGCCCAAUGCUGACCUGGUCUGUGUGGAGAACGCCACCUACCACUGUAAAAAGGACAACUGCCCCAAUCUUCCAAACUCAGGACAGGAAGAUUAUGAUAAGGAUGGAAUUGGGGACGCAUGUGACGACGAUGAUGACAAUGAUGGCAUUCCUGAUGAUAGGGACAACUGUCCAUUCGUGUACAAUCCCAGGCAGUACGAUUAUGACCGUGAUGACGUGGGGGACCGCUGUGACAACUGCCCCUACAAUAGCAACCCAGACCAGACAGACACAGACAACAACGGCGAGGGAGACGCCUGUGCUGUAGACAUCGAUGGAGAUGGAAUACUGAAUGAGAAGGACAACUGUCCCUAUAUAUACAACGUUGACCAGAGAGACACAGAUCUGGACGGAGUUGGAGACAUGUGUGAUAACUGUCCUCUGGAACAUAAUCCCGAUCAGGUGGAUUCAGAUGACGAUCGAGUGGGAGACAAGUGUGACAGUAACCAGGACAUCGAUGAGGAUGGACACCAGAACAAUCUGGACAAUUGCCCAUAUAUCCCCAAUGCCAACCAGGCUGAUCACGAUAAGGAUGGCAAGGGAGACGCCUGUGACCAUGACGACGACAACGACGGCAUCCCCGAUGACAAAGACAACUGUAGACUGGCCUUUAACCCUGACCAGCUGGAUUCUGACGGCGAUGGCCGUGGAGACGCUUGCAAAGAUGAUUUUGAUCAAGACAAUGUGCCUGAUAUCUAUGACGUGUGUCCUGAGAACUUUGAUAUCAGUGAAACAGACUUCCGCAAGUUCCAGAUGGUUCCCCUGGAUCCAAAAGGAACCUCCCAGAUUGAUCCUAACUGGGUCGUGCGGCAUCAAGGCAAAGAGCUGGUUCAGACUGUCAACUGUGAUCCUGGCAUUGCAGUCGGCUACCACGAGUUCAACUCCGUGGACUUCAGUGGGACUUUCUUUAUCAACACGGAGAGAGAUGACGACUACGCCGGCUUUGUGUUCGGUUACCAGUCCAGUUCCAGGUUCUACGUCGUGAUGUGGAAGCAGAUCACACAGACCUACUGGUCGAGUAAACCCACCAAGGCCCAGGGCUACUCAGGCCUGUCCAUUAAAGUAGUUAACUCCACCACUGGUCCAGGAGAGCACCUCAGAAAUGCGCUCUGGCACACAGGCAACACUGCAGGCCAGGUUCGCACUCUCUGGCAUGACCCUAAAAAUGUCGGCUGGAAAGACUUCACUGCCUACAGGUGGCAUCUGAUUCACAGACCAAGAACAGGACUUAUUAGAGUUGUGAUGUAUGAGGGUAAGAAGAUCAUGGCAGAUUCUGGUAGCAUCUAUGACAAGACAUAUGCAGGUGGAAGGCUGGGUCUUUUUGUCUUCUCACAAGAGAUGGUUUAUUUCUCAGACCUCAAGUAUGAAUGCAGAGAUGUUUAAAUCAACAGACAAAAUCGCUGAGGAAUCCACCUUUUUUUGUAAAGUAAGAACAAAUUUUUUCUGCAAAGUCCAGGAGCUGAUUUAUUUCCGCAUUACUUUCUUUUGUGCCACGCACUCUCGGAUGGGGCGAAGAGCGUACUGUUAGCCUCAGGGAACUUGAAGUUGGUUUGGGCAAAGCACCAAUUAGCCGACUUCCAGUUGAGGAUCAAAGCUCAUGGAGAGCUGAAAAAACUCUGACUUUGCAAGACGGACACCAACAAUGGGAAGGGCUCCUCAGACAAAAAAGUGCACUUCAAAGCAUUUAAAUUACUCUCCGUUUCUUCAUCUUCAGCCUGUGUGCCUUUCUGCCUCACCUUUUGAACAUAAAACCCCAAAGAAAGAAAGAAAUAUGUCUUUUCUUUGACAGACCUCUUCAUUGUAUGAGUUGUGAAUGAUACAUUUGAAGGUUUAAAGAAUGAAAACGGCACAAUUUAGGAUUUUCUGCUGUUAAGAAGUUGAAGAGGGACGUUAUGUUGUGGGAGUAUGUGUUUAUUCAUGUACAGUGUGUGUAUGGAAGAUUAGCCAUGAAUGGAAAAAGAAAAUCCUUCACCUGUCUACCUAACAAUCUCUGUUGAGUAGAGAAAUUAAGUUUAGCCUAGUUGUAGUUCACGCAGAAGAACCACAACCUUUGCUGUCUGAUUUUUUUUGACUCAGGAUAAUAUGGAAGUAAUAGUUUUCCAAUAUUAAACCAAUGAAAUAAAAAGAACUUCACCUGGUAUCACAAAGCCAUGAUUCCUUACGAAAUUGGCAUGUCAUACACUUGGUCACCGAAGAGAUUUCUUUCCCUUAACUUUUGAGGGUUUCAAAAUGAAAUUAUGUAAAUACAUCUAGAUUAUUGACUCUUGCCUACAAUGUAGGCAGCAAACAGAAGAAGUACAAAAAUAAGUAAAACUCCUAACAACAGUUUCUUUAUUCCAGUAACAACUGAUACAAACUGCUUUACAAGGUGAAUUGGGUAUUUCUCACAUAGAGCUUUUUUAUAUGAAGUUGGUGUGAUUUUUGUACCUUUUCUCCAGAGAGAGAGAUGUAAUUUUUAAUGUACAAUUAUUACCUCAUUGCUGUUUAUAAUCUAAUAAAACAAAAACAAGGCUUUUUUUCACAAUCUUCUGAAAUGAUGGACAUCCUAGUGCUACUCUAGCAUAAGUUGUAAAUAGUUUUGUAUCUAAAAAAACAAAAACAGAAUGGAGUUCCCAGGGCAAUGAUGUACCCCAGCAAAAAUGGGAGAAUUUUAUAAAUUUGCUUUGCUACAUAUUUUCAGUACUGUUUUUAGCAAAUAAAUUAUUGUUCUAUUUUAGCUGUUUGUGAAAGUGAUUUGUGUGUGCGUGUAGAUACAUGCUAUUUAAAUAAUUUAUCAGGAUGUGUCGCCUUGUAAAAGGGCACAUGUCUGCCUGUAUAAACAGUUUGCACACUGACGCGAGGAUGUUUUGUUCUUUACUGUUUUACCUUGUUUUGUUGUGUAUCUGUUUCUAUCAUUUUUUUCUGUAAACAUUGUCUUAGUUGUAUAAAGCAAAACGCUGUUUUUAUUAAUUACAAAGUUUUUGUUACCAACUUUUAGAGAAUAAAUACCUGUUAAAAUAUA